AUGGUCUCCAAGCUGACCCAUCUCCAAGUGGAGCUGCUGGAAGCGCUGCUGGAGUCGGGGCUGACCAAGGAGACCUUGAUCAAGGCUCUGAGCGAAGCGGAGCCCUACGGGCUGCAGAGCGAGAGCCAGCGCGCCAUCAAUGCCCUGCAGAGCGAGAAAGGGGAGCCCUGCCCCGACAUCCCCAACCUCCCCAACGGCAUGGCCGACUCCAGGGCGUCAGAAGAUGAAACCUCCGAUGAUGGAGAGGAGUUUACCCCUCCGAUAAUGAAGGAGCUGGAAAACUUGAGCCCUGAGGAGGCUGCUCACCAGAAGGCUGUGGUGGAAAGACUAUUACAAGAGGAUCCCUGGCGAGUAGCAAAGAUGGUGAAGUCUUACCUCCAGCAGCACAACAUCCCUCAGCGUGAGGUGGUGGACACCACAGGUCUGAACCAAUCCCACCUCUCCCAACACCUCAACAAGGGCACUCCCAUGAAGACCCAAAAAAGGGCAGCCCUGUACACCUGGUACGUCCGGAAGCAGCGAGAGGUGGCCCAGCGUGAGUAUGGCAACAACUGCUCCUGUCUCAGGGUCAUAAAGGAUUCUGCUUAUCCUUACUCCUGAUUGUUUUCAAGGAAAAAAUUCCCUUUUCCCUUUGUGCUUGCAGAAUUCACACAUGCUGGCCAGGGUAUCCUGACAGAUGAGCCCAUGGGAGAUGACCUGCCCACCAAGAAAGGAAGGAGAAACCGCUUUAAGUGGGGUCCAGCCUCACAACAGAUCCUGUUCCAAGCCUAUGAGAGGCAGAAAAACCCCAGCAAAGAAGAGAGGGAGGCACUGGUGGAAGAGUGCAACAGGGCAGAGUGUAUUCAGAGAGGUGUUUCCCCAUCUCAGGCCCAGGGACUGGGCUCAAACCUGGUGACAGAGGUCAGAGUUUACAACUGGUUUGCCAACCGCAGGAAGGAGGAGGCUUUCCGGCACAAGCUGGCCAUGGACACCUUCAGCGGCCCGCAGCCGGCCCCGGGCCCGCCCCUCACCCCGCACAGCUCCUCCUCCCUGCAGCCCCCGCCCGCGCUCUCACCCAGCAAAGUCCACGGAGUGAGGUACAACCAGCAGCCAGCCAGUGAGGCAGAGUCCUCCAGCAGCAACCACCACGGGAACAGCUCCAUGGUGACCACCCAGACCAUCCUGCAUCAGGUGUCUCCCCCUGGGCUGGAGCCCAGCCAGAACCUGCUGAGCACAGACACUAAGCUGGUCUCAGCUCCUGGAGGAACCCUCCCUCCUGUCAGCACCCUGACUGCCCUGCACAGCCUGGAGCAAAGCCCCCACACGCUGAGCCAGCAGACCCAGAACCUGAUCAUGGCCUCGCUGCCGGGGGUGAUGGCCAUCGGGGCAGGCGAGGCGCCGUCCCUGGCGCCCGCCUUCACCAACACCGGAGCCUCCACGCUGGUGAUCGGCCUGGCCUCAACCCAGCCCCAGAGUGUUCCUGUGAUAAACAGCAUGGGGAGCAGCCUCACUACCCUGCAGCCUGUUCAGUUCUCCCAGCAACUGCACCCAUCCUACCAGCAGCCCCUCAUGCAGCAGGUGCAGAGCCACAUCAACCAGAGCCCCUUCAUGGCCACCAUGGCUCAGAUCCAGAACCCGCACGCUCUCUAUGGCCCCAAAUCUGAAGUGACUCAAUACACACACGCAGGCCUCUUACCACAAACCAUGGUGAUAACAGACACAGCCAAUCUCAGUGCCCUGACCAACCUGACACCAACUAAACAGGCAUUCACACCUGACUCAGAGACCCACACCGAGUCUGGGAUGCACACACCAGUGUCACAGGCACCAACAAUCCAUCUACAGAACCAAGACACAACAAUCCAGCACCUUCAGCCAGGCCCACGCCUCACCUCGAGCCCUGCUGUGUCCUCCAGCAGCCUGGUGCUGUACCAAAGCUCUGACUCCACCAGCAGCCACAGCCAGCUGCUGCCAUCCACUCACAACGCCAUUGAGACCUUCAUCUCCACACAGAUGGCAUCUUCCUCCCAGUAACCAGCAGCAGCAGCUCCUGAGCGACUGCCACAGCCAACCUGCCAGGUGCAACUCCAGCCUCACACCAACCCCUGCUCAGCUGCCUCCAGGAGAGAAAACGUCUCAGGCUCAAGACAGAAAAAUGGAAAGAUGCUGCUGGCACUGCUGAAAUCCACUGCCACCCCCACAAAAAAAAACCCCAGGAAACCUUAACCCUAGCAGCCAGCUCAGAAUGGCCAGACAUCCUUUUAUGGCUGCACAGGAAGGAAUCCCAACAGUGCCAGGAUGUGGAUGGGACUUUAAUUCACUCAGUUUUUAUCAAGCUGGGCCUGUAUGAACCUGUCAGCACCAGGAUAAAUCACGUGGGAAAGAGCAAGGCUGGGCUGCCAAAGAAGGGACACCACCUUUAAACACUCUCCUCCUUUGCUGCAAGGAAGCACCAACAGGAGCUAUGAGAAAUAACAGAACCUUGGAAGUUCCUGACUUUGCAAUGAGAAUAACCAAGACACAGAUUUGGGAAUGGCUUGGCACAAACCUGUCAGUAUGGGAUCACUGACAAGCU